UCCAGGAGAUAACAUGCGACGGCGGUGUUAACGUUAACGACUUAAGUCAACAAUAUUGUGAUUGCCAUUUGCCCGUUUUUCUAAAAYCAUACUGCUAAACAUAUUAUUAAUAUGUAAUCAGAAAAUUAUACGUACAAUAAUAUAAAUAUUAUAUUAUACUACCAGUGCCAAUCACUUGUUUAGUUGAUUCAAAUCGCGUGUCCGGAGCAUCCGGAAAUGGAGUUGAUGGCCGGUGCUAGUGUAAUCAGUUUUAUUAUAAAUAGGUAUUCGUAGUUAAAAAUGUUGUUCAGAUGCAAUCACCUAGCAAUCGCGAGAAUGAACGUGUUCGUCUCACGCCGAUUGUUCGUCUCUUGUACGGUUUGUUUAUCCAAGUUUAAGCGUACAGCUACUAUAUCCGGACAGAGGAGAUGGUGCCGCGACCUCGAAUGUGUUACAGGUACACAACCUAGGUCGUACAUACAUUACACUUGUGUCAGUCAACAGACUAUGACGACGACGACGACUCCGCCAACACCGCCACCACUGCCGGACGAAGACAAGUCGCAAAGUAUCUUCCAGAGGUUCAAGAAUAUGGCCAAAAAAUACUGGUACAUUGUGCUGCCUGUUCACCUGGUUACUUCAACCAUAUGGUUUGGUUCAUUUUAUUUUAUAGCCAGCAUAUGCGAUGUGCCAGCCCUGUUGGAAAAAUUAGGAAUUCCCGAUAGUAUUAUCGACAAAGUAAGGGAUGGUAACUCAUGGACCAGUUACUUGGUCAUUGCUUAUGGUCUGUAUAAAAUUUUUACACCACUUAGGUAUAUGGUGACAUUAGGCGGCACUGGUAUGACUAUACGUUAUUUAAAAAGAAAAGGAUAUGUUAUUGGUGGUGAAACGACAUAUAUCAAGAAGCCAUAAAAAUAAUAAAGAUGCAUAUUUCUUUAUAGUUUAUUUAUAAGAAAAAUUUAAUUUGUUAAUGAAUAGA